UACAAAGCAAAAGGCACCCGAGAGAGGGGAGUGAAAAACGUAGAGUCAAAGGGGUGGGUAGUAGUAGCUUUUUUGAAGGAACGUCAACCUUUUUUUAAAAAAGCUGCGAGGCCAAAAAGUGAAAAUGGUAGUGGAUUUCUGUGAUUAUUUCUGGGGAGAGAGGAACAGUGGAUUUGACGUGUUGUAUCAUAACAUGAAGUAUGGCCUCGUUGCAAGCAAAGAGUUGGCGGAAUUCCUCAGAGAAAGAUCUUCUCUGGAGGAAACAUAUAGCAAACAGUUAGGUAAAUUGGCCAAGCAGUGUGGCUCGUCAACCAGCAUAGCAGCUGCCAAUAGUGCUACCACUAAUCCAAAUGGAGCUCCAAACGUCGGGCCCCUGUGUACAUUUACUCCAUUGUGGCAAUUACUUAAAACAUCCUGUGAAAAAGUGGCUCAGCUUCAGUUACAGAUGGCUCAAAAGCUAAAUGAAAUGGUUAAAGAUGUUGGCAAAUACAGUGAUGAACUAGCCAGGAAACACAAGGUUGUCAAGGAAUCGGAAAGCAACACAGUUGAAGCUAUUCAGCUUUUGAAUCAAACCAAUGUGACCUUACAACGAUCAAAAGAGGCAUACUUUCAACGCGGUGGGGAACUGACGAAAUUGCGCCGAGAUGGCUCAACAUCGAACAAGGACUUGGAGCGUGCCGACACCAAAUUUCGCAAGGCUGCUGAAGAGUACCGGAACUUAGUUGAAAAAUACGCACAAAUGCGGGAAGAUUUCGAAAGAAAAAUGACCGUUUCUUGCAGGCAUUUUCAAGAAGUGGAAGAAGGUCAUCUAAGUCAAAUGCGAAAUUUCCUCAACAGCUACGUUAAUGUCUUGUGCAACAACUAUGAAGCUAUGGGACAGGUUCACGUCGAUCUUCGACAGCAGUGGGAUGACUUGAGUGUCGAUCGACUUAUGGACAUGUUUGUCGUGUCCAAGAUGACAGGCAUGGAAAAACCUUUACCUGUAGAAUUCGAAGAGUUCCCCUUGGACAGUGAUCAACAACUGGGAGCAAAUACUUCGAAUCAACUUCCCGAUUACUUGGAAGAAUGGACAGCGCCCACGUCUACUACUGGCAAAGUUCGAGAAGAUGGAGGUGAGUCCAGGAAGAAGGUGUCAAACAAGAAGUCGUUCAUCAGCAGCAGCAAGGAGGAGAAGAAGGAGAAACGAAGCAAACGAGACAGCGAAGAAGGUGGUCGAGUCGCCGGCAAACAGGGUUCCCGCCGGGCUACUUCUCUCUUGAACUUAUUCACCUCCUCCUCCUCUUCCUCCCCAAAUGCCCAGGGCAAGAGCAAGGUGAAGGCAUCAGGCAAGGUUCGUCCGCUCAAGGGAGGAGGUGAUUCGGCGGCCGAGGAACCGAUGAGUCCAUCUGUGGACGUGGUGAGCGUCGCCAGCGGGCGGGGCUUGGGCGGAUCAGCUCCUGCAACGCCCACUGAGGCCGAGUCGGCCACCAACCAGUCAGCCACCGGAUCCUGGAGCAGGAACUCUUUGCGGGGCUCGAAAUACGAAUCGCCUCCUCGCUCUUCCACAUCGUCCUCCGCCAAUACUUCCAUCUCCGGAUUGGGGAUCGCUUCUUGGACUGCAGGGUUUUUGAAGAGCCGCCGUGACCGCCGAAAGGAAAAAGACAAGGACAAGAACAAGGUGUCGAAAAAGAAGCGCGAUUCGGAUGCAUCCAGCAUUAAGAGCGACGGCGAGCCCAACCUGACCGGCUCGGCAACGGGAGUCGCCGUCGUGAGUGGAGGAAGCAAUGUUUCUAGCGGCAACAUCACUCUUGGAGGAGGUGUGGGUAGCGGCGGCGGCGGCAGUGGUCAAGAUAGUAGCAGUUUCGGACGUGAAAAAGAGCGCCGCGAAGACAAGGAUGAAAGUCCGUUGUACUCGACUGGCGACACGGCGUCCGACAGCGCCGUUAAAGUCGACGACGAAGGCUACACAAUUCGACCGCGAGAUGAAACGUGGAAUGCGGAGAAAACCAGCGGUUUCUACUCGAGUUCCGACGCUGAUUCGGAUGACGAGCCGGAGAGAAAAUUGCACGUUGAAAUCAAACCCAUUACCAACGGAUCCAAUUUGCCAAGUGCCACGGUUGAUGAACUGAAAGCGACCAUUGAAGGAUUCAAUAUCAACACUUCCAUGUUCAACACUGCCGCUAAAAAGAACACUUCCAUGGAUUCCUAUUCGACAUCUCAACUGAGUAUGGGGAAAUCGAGUAGCGAUCUAGUCGGUCUAAACCUAUUUCACAGUCCUACUAAUUCCAACACUUCUACCCCGACCGGCACUGUCGCUGCUGGAGGCCAGUCCUUUGGUUCCAUGAUGUCACCCACUGGAACGGGUUCGCCCUCCAACCGGCAUAAUACGGCCACACCUGCAGCCUGUGCAGGUGAAGAUCUGUUUGAUGAAGUGGGCGAAAUCGUUCCUGCAUUACCUCCUAAACAGGGAAGGUUGCAAGCUCCCAACUCCCGAGGCAGCACGCCCACUCUUGGCACUAUCGCCGUCCCACGCCCGCCUUCUCGCAAAGGAAUGGAGACCACUGCUCGUUUGGCAGCCGCCAGUCCUCUCACACUCCAGUCGUCGCCAGCUCCUAGUGCCAACACAUAUUCAACUAACAUAGCGCGAGCUGAUUCCGUUCUGAGCCUCGACUUUAGAUCUGGUGUAUCGACCUCGCCGACGUCACUGAGCCGACCGGGAUCGAGAUCGGCUGGUCCGUCGCCGUUAACCGUCAGCAUGCCUUCGACGGGAAGUGCAGGAGCUGUCGACAGUAUCCCACUUGCAGUUGCAUUCCAAGAGGUUGUUCACGCCCUGUUCCGCGGAACCGACGAGGCGAGAUGCCAAGUCCGGAUCAGCGGCGACAUGAUGCUCUCAUUUCCAGCUGGUUUGGUCCAGUUGAUCAAUGCACAGCCUAAUCAUAACAUACCGCCCAUAUCAUUCCGAAUUCGUAAUUAUCAAAAUCUGGAGAACGUUGUUCCCAACAAACAAGUGCUCAACAUGGAACAAGAUCUGAUGAGCGUCGAGCCAGUGUUCCAUUUCAACAUGCCACAGUUAACUUUGCUUCUCAAACGGCAAGCCGAACAAAAUCCUUCGGCGUCCUACUUCAAUGUGGAUAUCCUCAAGUAUCAAGUGAAGGCUCAGAGUGGCACAGGCUCAGCGCCGUUGCACUUGGUGGCCUAUUGGAAGUGCGAGCCGUCGCAAACGGACGUACGUUUGGACUACAAAUUCAACGCCCACGCCCAAGUAACGCCGGCUCCGCUGCGCAAUCUCAUGAUUUCCGUACCGAUCGAAGGAGCUGUGACGUCGAUGCAAGCCAAACCGCAAGGAGAAUGGAUGGGAAAUAGUAAUCGCGCUCUUUGGAAGCUACCGGAAAUGUCGCUGGAAGCGGAUGGUGCCAACAUGGGCUCAAUACGAGCCCGUUUCAACGUCAGCGGCAGUUCGGGCAGCCCGACGACAAUCACUGCUCACUUUGGUUGCGACGGCUCGACCAUGUCUGGCGCUGAAAUGGAUUUAGUCUCGACGGGCUACCGGACAUCCUUGGUCAAAAGACGUUUCGUCGCCGGUAAAUAUCUGUGCGAAGCUGAGGCUUCAGCUCUGCAGAACAAUCGUUACGCGGCACCGCCGGGCCCGACUUCCACCGAAUGCUGAAAUAAAUUCUUAGAACCUGAUUGAAGCAAAGUCACGAAGGGUAACCAAAACUCGCAUCUAAUCGAAUUGGAAGGAAUCUUCUCUUUUAGACACACAUAUUCUACUGUAUACAUACCUUUAAAAAAAAAAAAUAGAAAAAACAAAACAAAAAAUCGGUAACCCCCCAAACUCUCGACGCUCUUCCUCCCCUCCCUCACAUCCAAAUUUUUAAACCAACAAAAAAAAAAUAUUGAUUAAUAAUAAUAAUUAAUAAGUAAUGGGUCAAACCAUUUGUUGUCUUGUUCAGCAGCAAUAGCAGCAAACCAACCGAUUUGCACGUUGAAAAAAAAAAAUUGUUACAUGUAAAGCUGCCUUACCUUGAAAAGGGCAAGACAUCACUUUAUCUUCUUAUAUUUGCCCCUUUUUCCCUCGUUUCCUGUUUCUUCUUAAUUUUUUGGGUCAUAAUACGAUACAAACUACAAAACAAACAAAAAAUAUACUUAUUUUUGUAAAUAAA